AUGGCGACUCCAUAUCAGGCCCUGGCAUGUCCCGUCUGUAGUAAACCGCUAUCCGCUCGUCAAAAUGAAUGUCCAUUCUGUCAAAAGUCUUUCCGCAGAGCUGAUGUCGCUCGUCGGCAUGCGCGCUCUUGCAACGCCCGACAAGGCCGACCUCUUCCACCCCAAGCCAAACCAGGCAGAAAGCUUCGAGCUUGCGAUAACUGCUCACGAUUGAAGACAUCUUGUAACUCGGAACUUCCCUGUCAGCGGUGUUCAGCUCGCGGCAUUGAUUGCAUAUACAGCUCACUAUGUCAUGAUCCUGCGCAUCGAGCUUCCUCCAAACCGAGGGAAGUCUCCAAGGGUGACAGUCCCAGCUUUUCUUUUCUUUUACAAGCUAGCAAUCCGACCAAUGCAUCCAUGGAUGCUAUCGUUGCUCGAGAGCCUGAGAGAACGUCGGAGAUGCCUGCUUGGAAGCAUCGUGAGACUGUCGGUUGGAGCUCAGGGACGAUCGAUCCAAGAUUUCUUCUCUUUGAUCUGCCAGACAUGCUUGUAGAUGAACCCCAGGACUAUGAAUAUACUGAAAACAACAUGUUACAGUUCUCUGGCAUCUUCCGUCCUUCUACCGAGUCGGCCGAUGCUCUCUCGACGCAAAUAGUAGCUUUGUCAAAUAUCCUUCAAGAAUUGACUACCAACAAGCCUCGUCUAAAGGACGGACUUGACCAGAGUUGUCAGCGAGGGUUCUUCACGUCUUCUCAUUUUCAGAAUGUCCUGAUCUUCAUCUUCCGUCGGAGACACUACCAUCAAGACACGAUACACUGGUCAACAUUUGAUCCUGAAAAGGUUUCACUCCACCUGCUACUAGCUGUGGUGUUGACCGGAACUGUUUAUAUCCAAUGCCUCAAUCAAUCUUCUCCGUCAUAUAUUAAUGCAUCACUGCUAGAGUUGGCAGAGAAGUAUAUAUACAAGGAGCUUAAAGAGUUGUCAAGUCAAGGUUUCAGUCCGGUUACUUCACAACACAUGCUCGAAAUAUGCCAAGCUGCAGUGCUGAUGAACACUCUCGAAGGCAGUGAAAACCACAACGAAUCUCGCCGAAGAAUCGCGAGUAAAAGAAUUCCAACACUGGUCGGGGUGUUGAGAAAAGCGAACAUGAUGAGUCUCAAACACGAGCCCGGCAAAAGCUGGGGAGAUUUUGUUCACCGCGAGACAUGCAUAAGAGUCGCUGCAUGGACUUUUAUGAACGAUUCACUACUGGCGCUUUUCUGUAACCACCCGCCCAUUAUAACAUCAAAGGAGAUGACUGGAGAUCUGCCUUGUUCUACUGGUAUAUGGGAGGCAGAUUCAAGCAUGGCUUUUCAAGAGAGGGCACAGCAUGGAUUAGCAAGGUCUUAUCCUUCAAGCUGCAGCGAAGCAAUAGCAGGAUUUCUUGCUGGAGAAUGGACGCCUGCUAUUAGAGACUCUUUUGGAAAAUUAGACCAUUCAGAUCUCUUUUAUCUCUCUUCAGGUCUUGGACAUCACAUAUUUCAUUAUCGUACGUCAGCAGCAUCAUGCGACCACUCCAAAAUGUUGCUCCGUGCACUGGAUAGAUGGGACUCUCUUUGGAUGGAUGCUUACCAGCCUUUUUCCAGGCGGACCAUAGAGGUCAUCCAAUCUGGCGAAGCUAAGGAUUCGGCUUAUCUUCAGGAAAUUGGAUGUUAUGACACGGCUGUUUUUCACGAAUUCGUUCAGAAGUAUGGACAGAUGAGCCCUGGCACGGCGAAGAAUUGA